ACAACGAGAUCAAACACGCUAGUGCUAAAAUGAUUGGAAGUAUUAGUCUCCUGCUCGCGGUGAUUGGCAGUGCCUUCGGGUAUUUUCACGGUGUAGAUCCCAAUGCACUAAAAUGCGACCCAACUGGCCAAGCCAGUCUACUCCUGCCACACUUUACGGACUGUAACAAAUUCUAUAUGUGCGCACAUGGUUCCGAAGUUGAGUUUACUUGCCCUCGUGGUACCAUAUUCGAUUUUCCAAUUCAGACUUGUAACUGGCCAUGGGCAACAAAGUGCUGGCUCAGGAAUGGCAAUGACGACAAUAUUGAAGGUUCCGGUGAAGACGAAUUUGUUCCACCAAAAGAGGUUGAAAUCAUAAUUAAGCCAGCUUCAACGGAGACGAUGAUGUCUGGUCAUCUUGACUGUCACAAUCUUGAUACAGCCUCACGAAGAGUUGGAUUCAAAGGUGACUGUCAAAGAUACUGGAGCUGUACAGCUGGUUCACCUCAUGCUUACUACUGCUCUGAUGGACUGUUUUUCAACGAAGAAAAGCAGGACUGUGACUUUGAAGCUAACUCCAAAUGUAUUGACGAAAAUAUUGACGAACUAAACACAGAAUUUAUUGAAUACAAAUAAUGAAAUUGAUUUGACUCCCAAAUAUCUGAACAGACUUACGGAUCUUGUUAACUUCAAAUUUAUGUGUUAUAUCUAACGUCAAUAUGUUUGUACUACCACUUUUUUCUUGUAAUGAAACUAGAUCAAUUUCACUAUGGAAACUGGUUUAAACUGAUGAAUGAACUUUGGAAAAUUUUGAAAAUAUGUAUUCUGUCUAUUUAUUAAAACAAAUAAUUUUUAAAGAUUCUUAGUAAAAGCAUUUUUGGGUUUGGACUUUUUGUUACUCAAGUAUUUUUCUGUUAAAUUAGGGAAAAUAAAUAAUUUGAUGUGGCAACAUUAUUCAAAAACAAUAGAUUCUAACAUUUUAUACAUCCGUCUAUCGUCAGUUACAGAUUAUAAAUAAUUUGUUAAAUUGUUAAAAUUUAAAACUUUCCGCUUCAUUCACAGCGAAAAACAAAACAUUUGCAUGUUAGUCGACAAUACGGUGGCUAAUAUUUAUAAUAAUACUGGUAUUCGAAUCGUCACCAUGUUGACAGUAUUAUUUUAAUAUUAAAGCAAUAAAACAAAAUAUCAAGUA